CGGAUGCGGUCUGUGCUGAAGGAAGAGACCCAAACAAUCGACGUUCAUUCUUAAGAGACUGCCGGUACAAGCAGCUGACGACAUCACUCCGUCUACCAUUUUAAAUAGCAUAUGUUCGGCAUCUUCUUUCUCUAAUCUCACCUCGACAUCAUCCUACAACUUCGCAUACUUUCACCACAACAAACACCGGAACAGCACAGUCAGGGAGUGUCCAACGCCAUGCACUCCCACGAACUCUCAACAGGCUCUUGCGACACCCUCAUAACCUCCUUCCUAAACCAACACGACCUCUCCACCUCCCCGGGUACCUCCGCCCCCACCGCCAUCGAAUGCUGUUGCGGCGCCCCUGACUGCGCGAGCCUCAAAUCGAAUGAACGCGUCCUUGCCGGCUUGGAGAAGGACGUGAGGAUUGCGGCGGAGUUGGGGCAGGCGCUGUUGAAUAGGCAUGAGGUCAUGGUUGAGGCGGUGAAGAAGUUGGAGGUGAGGAAUAAGGAGUUGGAGGAGGAGAAUCAGAGGACCAUUAGGGAGAAUCGCGAAUUACUUGAGCGCUUGGAGAGCUUGAACAACAGUCUUUCUGUCGCCGACUCACAGGUUGAAAGCCUCAAUCACUCACUUGCGCAGACCGAAGCCGAACUCGCUCGUUUUCGUCAUAUGGCUUCGCGUGCACAAACUCUCGACGACCAGCUUUGCUCAGUGGAACUCGAAAAGUCGGAGAUUCAACAGGAGCUCGAGCACUCGCGACGCAACGAACGCAGUGCUGAAGCGCGAUGGCACAAAGCCCAGAAACAGCUUGAGGAGUUGCAGAUGCAGAUGGAGGCCAUGGAGAGGGAGGUUAUGGAAGAGAGGGAGAAGACGAAAGAUUUCUGGGAGAAGUUAGAGGAGAAGAGGAAGGAGACGAAACUGGAGGUUGUUAAGCAGCCGAAGGAGGAUGUCCUUGAUAACCCCCAGAUGGCAACUUUCGUGGCGGACCUGUUGGCGACGAACCAGAAUCUGGAGACGAGCACGUCUGAGCUCAGGGCCUUGCUGUCGUCCACCCAGGACGAGGUGGCCUUAUUGAGAGAGCAGCUUCUUCUUCAUCAGCGACAGGAGGAUGAUGAUGACAAGAAGCCCGUCUCCCUCGACAAGAGUAUUGGUAUGCACAUGCCGCCCCGGAAGGCUACGAGUCAGGAACUACACCACCAUCACCACCACUACUACCACCUCGCGGAUCCCAACUUGCCGCCCACUCCUGGGACUUCGCGUAUCAGGUCAACCACUACGGACGGUGUCAUCAAGCACCCGCCUCGUGCGCGCUACCAGGCACCUGGUGCCAUGCUCACCCCGGCAAGAUCGGGCAAAAUGGUCUCGAGGAAGCGGAGUAUUGUCGGUAUGCCUGGUAUGUCCCUGAAGAGUGGGCCCGUUACGAGCUUGAUCAGAGAUGCUGCCACGUCGUCCUCCAUGCCUGCGACGCCUAGCCCGCUCGAGGUUAGGCGUGCUUCGUCUAAAAAGCAGAAGACGCCAUCUAUUCUUAGGUCGACAUCUUCUAGUACUUCUUCCAGUCGUACGCAGAGUACCAUCUUUGAUCCUGUUUCCGAGGAAGAGAACGACACCGACCCGCCCCUUUCUUCGCCUGAGCAGCAUCGUCAGAGCCUCUUCUUGGCUCAGCAGGAUUUGUUGCCGAGUCCGCCUCAUUCUCCGGGUGUUGCCCCGUUGAACUUGGAACCUGCCCUCAAGCGCACGACGAGCCACGAGAGCUUCAUGGGUCUGCAGGGACACAUGUACCCGACUCCCGACACUCUGCCACGUACCGAAGGCCGUUUGAGACGUGUUGCUUCACAUGAGUCUGUGUUGUCCCUCGCGCCCCCACCAGCCGUCUCACAAAACCCGGCAAACAAACUCCUCCUCGGCACGCUCAACAGAGGCCGUAGACCCGUCGCCAGUCCCCUCCAAGUCACCAGCCCGACAAACUCUGUGCUCAGUCCAACGAGUGUAAUGGCCGGGAAUGUGGACACGACGGCUAUCCUGACUCCAGCGAAGAGCACUAUGGCUAACUCGAAUUACUCAAGGAUGUUAUUGAGGUCUGCUGCUGGUGCGAAGAAAGCAGCCAGUCCGCUUCCAGAGGAGGGAGGAAAGAGUGGAUGGUUUGGGUCUGGGUCAGCGAAGAAACCGAAUGCUUCUGUGGAAACUGGGAGUGAUGGGAAGACGGAGACGCCGGUUAAGGAGAGUGCGGGGAGUGGUGGGUGGUUUUGGCAGAGGAAGAAUACGCCGAAGGCGGUGAGUGAGGGAUGAAUAUUUGAUUGGAUGGAGCGUGAUAUUUUGGGAUUGGGAUAAUUGGAUAGGCGUAUUGCUCAUUUUGAUAGGUACUUUAG